ACGGAGGCUGGCGGGAGGGCUGGGGGAAGGGAUCCCGGCCUGGCACAACUGCUGACUAAUCGGCAGGCGGGAUCACGCGCCUGUGUGUGCGCGCAGCGGGCUCGGGGCACCUAGGUCUCGGCCUGGUGCGGGCGGCCAGGCUACCGGGCGGGCCCCCCACCUCGGUUUUCCAGGAAAACUCAGGCCCAAGAAAUUGAGUACUUCCCCUAGAGUUACAAAGCUGAAUCCGACCCAGACCCCGGGACUCCCCUCUCUGUGCUCCACCCGGAAGCUUCUCCACUGUCCUUGAUUUCCCAUUCUGUCCUCCUGGCUUCCCAGUAAGAUAUGGUUGGAGGAGUGUUACCGGCUUGCCUAUGAUGUAUGAGACCCUAGUUUCCAUUCCUACCGCCAAGAAAGAGAAGAGACUGGUCCAGAGGACUCGAGGCCCAGUUCUGUAUGUCCAUGGACCUGUCCCUUAGUGCCCAGGGAUGGAAUGGUUGUGAGAAGGUGCAAGAGGAAGCUUCAUUUUAGGUGACCCUGCCUCCAGUACUGGGAAACAAAUCCAGCUGCCUAUGUAUGGCUAGCAUCCAGCCUCAGGACCACCUUUGACCACCAUCAACAAAGCUAUGCAUGCCUGGGACCCCCCUGCCUCACUGUCCCGGGCACUGCCCCUCGCUUCCUCGGUCCUGAUGCUGCUGCUGAGCUGCCUGUGGUUGCUGGGGGCUGGCCCCAGCCUCAGGUUGGCUCCAGAGCUGCUAAUGGAACCCUGGCAGGUGCACCGGCUGCUGACCCAUGCUCUGGGCCACACUGCACUGCCUGGCCUGCUCCUGAGCCUGCUGCUCCUGCCCACUCUGGGCUGGUGGCAGGAGUGUCAUCUGGGCACUCUGCGCUUCCUGCACAACUCCACCGUGCUUGCCCUGGCUACCGGGCUGCUGGCUGUACUGCUGGCAGGCCUUGGCCUGUCCAGUGCAGCUGGAGGCUGUGGAUAUAUGCCUGUCCAUCUAGCCAUGCUGGCAGGGCAGAGUUACUACCCAGGAUGGCCUCAGAGGACCCUGCCACCAUGGCUGCUACCAUGGCUGCUGCUGGCCCUGACCCUGCUGCUCAGCUCUGAGCCACCCUUCCUGCAGCUCCUUUGUGGCCUUCUUGCUGGCCUAGCCUAUGCCGCUGGGGCCUUCCGGUGGCUGGAGCUCUCAGAGCGGAGACUGCAGGUGUUACAGGAAGGUGUCCUUUGCAGGACUCUGGCCGGGUGCUGGCCACUGAGGCUCCUUCCCACCCCAGGCAGUCUGGGUGAGCUGCCUGUCACUUAUCCUGCUGGAGUAAGGCCUGCCACCCCUAGACCUCCUUACCUGGCUUCCUCAAGCUCCUGGCCUCACAGUGAUGGCUUUGCUCAGCUUCCACCAGGCCUGGGGCCUGGACAGCUGACCUGGAAGAACUCGGAGAGGGACUUGGACUGGGCUGGGCCCAGCUUUGCUUCAGCAGCGCCGAUGUGGGCAGCCCUAGAUGAGCAAAUGCUACAGGAAGGGAUCCAGGCCUCACUUCUUGAUGUGUCAGUCCAGGGUUCCCAGAACACUCUGUGGUCACCAAAGCCCUCUGUGUCUUCUCUAAGGCUGCAACAGCUACAGCAUAUGGGAUUCCCCACUGAGCAGGCUGCGGUGGCCUUGGCAGCUACAGGGCGUGUAGAGGGGGCAGUGUCCCUGCUGGUGGAAGGGCUAGUGGAUACCGAGGCCCUAGUGACUGAGGAGAGGAGCGGUCCAGCCCACUGCAAGGACACUGGGGCCUCAUAGUCUAAGAAGAGAGUAGACCUGGCCUGAGUCCUUACCUGGUCUCCUGAGGGCUUGGUGGGGUCUUGAAAGCAUCCUGGGGCAGGAGCAGGCCCCACCAUGUUCCCCUGGUGCUUUGUAAGAAUAAAAGCUGGUGUGCUUUUCAACCUGC